AUGCGGCGCCCGGAGAAUAUGGCAAGAUUUGUCCUUGGGAGGGUCGGUGUCAAACGAAACCGCAGAUCGUGCGCCAGCCGCGCAGCUAAAGAUCUCUGGAAGCAUCAGCAGAUCUUCGCCGCACCCGGAAGUUAUCUGAGCGCAUCGGGCACCGCCUUGGGGUGGAUCUUCUCCAUCUUCGAGCUGGCCACUCUGGUCGGCACGCCCAUCACGACGCGGCUGCUGGUGAGAUCGGGGAGCAAGCCGAUUCUGGUCGCUGGCAACUUCCUAGGGGGUCUGGCGAACAUCCUCAACGGCCUAUGCUGGUAUGUGGGUGAUGGGGCUCCCUUCAUCGUGUCCUGCUUGCUGCUGCGCGUGGUAGCCGGCUUCGCCUUUUCCUUCGAGUCGACGGCAGGUUACAGCCUCCUGUCCGCUCUCUUCGGUCAGAAUGUUUCCACAGCGACUGGCAUCCUUGAAGGUGUCAACGGCCUGGCCAUGAUCCUCGGCCCCAUCGUGGGCUCCUCUUUGUACAGCAUGGCCGGAGGCGACUCCCACAUGGGCACCUUGCAAUGA